AUGAGUGAUUGUAAUAGUGUGAACAAUCCAAUUGUGCCUGGUAGCAAGUUUCGGAAAGGUGAGACAGGACAAGCCAGCAAUUCAACUUUAUACAAGCAAAUGGUAGGGUGCUUGAUGUACUUGCUUGCAACCAGACCUGAUCUAGCUUUUUCUGUAUGCUUAGUGGCAAGAUAUAUGGAAAGACCAACUGAAAUUCAUAUGGCUGCUGUGAAAAGAAUACUCAGAUACUUGAAGGGAACAACUAGCUGUGGCUUGUGGUAUGAAAGAGGUAAAGGAGAUGAGCUGGUUGGGUGGUCUGAUUCUGAUUAUGCUGGUGACAUUGAUGACAGAAGAAGCACAUCUGGCUAUGUGUUUAUGAUUGGCACUAAGGUUGUGUCAUGGUCUUCCAAGAAACAACCAAUUGUGACAUUAUCUACAACUGAAGCUGAAUUUAUAGCUGCAGCUGGUAGUACAUGUCAAGGAGUUUGGUUAUCUAGAAUUCUGACUGCUAUUGAUGCAAGGAAAGGGAAUUGCAUCACCAUUUACUGUGACAAUAGCUCAUCAAUCAAGCUAUCUAAAAAUCCUGUGAUGCAUGGAAGAAGUAAGUAUAUAGAUGUGAGAUUCCACUUCUUAAGAGACUUGACUAAGGAAGGUAUAAUUCAGCUGGUUCACUGCUCAUCCUUUGAGCAAGUAGCAGACAUAAUGACCAAGCCAUUGAGUUUUGACAACUUCAGCAGAAAUAGAGAUGAGCUGGGCUUGUGCACUUUGGAGUUGAUAAAUUGA